AUGACAGAAGGCAAGGAAGAAGAUGAUGAUGACAGUGAGAAUGAUAACAAAGAUGACAACCAAGGCGACGCUGAGGAUGAUGGGGAACAAUGUGAUGACGCUGAUGGGGAGGAGGAUGAGGAUGAAGGGAAUGGGGACCAUGACGAAGAGGAAGAGGAACAGGGAGAUGAUGAUGAUUUUGAUGGUAAAGGAGGUGAUGACGGAGAUGAUGACAGUGAUGGUGAUGGAGGCAACAAUGCUGCAACUGGCAUGCAGCGAGGACAAAACGACGAUAUGGAUGAUGACGAAGCUAGCGACGAUUCUUUGACAACUGCGCAGUAUUAUCUUAAUACCAGGAGUAAAAGGGGCAGUACAAGUUCAGGUGACAAGAGGAAAAUGAAGGAUGAUGUAGAUGUUUUGCCAACAGCAGCUAUGGAGGAUGCAUCAUUGCCAGACUUGUGCAGAUUUGAGAAAAAGAGUAAGCUUCCAGACACCUCUCCAACGGAUAAACAUGUUGUUCUUGAGGAAAGGUCAGAUAAUAUCAAAGAAAAUGUGUCCAAAGAACAUUCAACCCCCAAUGAUGCAUAUGAUGAUGGAUUGGAUUUCAUCAAUGCGAUGCAAUGUAGCUCGGGAGCAUACAUGCAGUUUCUUGGCCGAACUCCUAGUCACAGGACAAAAGAUGUGCAACAUGAUGAGCCCACAUUGGGUAAACAUGCAAGUGCUAUGAAAAACAUCAACAAUCAGCAACCAAUAGACAGCCAGCCAGGCAAUGAUGCGCGUGCACCACAGCAUUCGACUACCAUACUGGAGGCAACUACAGCUACACCACAGUCAGCUACUGAAGCUGUUCAUGCAGCUUUGCAGGGAAAACAUUCAAAUGCCGGACUGAAGGCAACAUCAGUCACAGUUACUGAAACUUCCAGUAGCAUACAGGCAACUAAUGUUGGAACUGAGACAACUAUAGCUAGGCCAGAGGCAACUGCAAAUCCAAGAGCCUUACAAAGAACUUCGUCAGUCCAUCUGCAUCAUCCACCACAGCAGGCAACUCCUACCACCAUGCAGGGGAAUACACUGAGAUGCCGCGCAACUCAUGCUGCCAGGGAGGCAACAACACCUGGACAUGUUUGUACCUCACCAACUGUUCAUGCAACAGGUGUUGCAAACAAGGCAACUACCAGUUCAUUUGCAGCAACAAGCCCUUUGGAACAUGCAACUCCAGCCCUACAUGUGCCAGUUGUGCCCAGCAAUAGGGUGCAGUUUAGUCCUCCUACACGUCAAACAUGCCCACCGCCAUCUCCACACACAGCUCCUCGAGGGUCUUUGUCGCAGGAUGAGGUAUACAAUUUGAUCAAUAAGAGCAGCGCGCCACCGGACAUGCCCCAGCAUAUGCAGCGCAGCAAAUCUGCUGAAACAAAGUGGAAGGAACAAAGCAAUUAUAAGAUGAAACUACCAAGGAACAGGUUUGGAAGUGAGCUUCUUGAAGGGUAUCGCAACGCGCCAACAUUCAACCUUGGCCCGGAAUUCGAUUUGCCAGAAAAUCAAAAUGCUGCAACAUGUGCAUCCGCAGAUGAAGAUUAUGAUGCUUUGGAAGGAAUUGAUCCUGCAGAGAUUGAGAGGGUUUGUAUUGCUGCCGAGCAAGCACGCAGACCUGUGCACGAGCAACAAAGAACUGAACCGAAUUCAAUAUCUCCAAACAGCUUUCAAACACCUAUCAAAGAAGCAGAGAAUGUUGCAACUGAAUCAAAAUCAGGUGGUACAGGAAGCUCAACAGUUCCUCAUCAAUUCCAGAGGAGGAUAAUCAAGCUUCCACCGUGCAAAAAAUCUCCAUUUGUCAAUGUUGAUAGCACCAAACAGUUCCAGUGCAAAGCUGAAGUGAACAAACUGUAUGCUAUGAUAAUCCAGUAUGCAGGAAGAAACACUAGGCAACAGAAUUCAGAUGACAAAAGCCCUCAUAUUGUGGACUUUGGUGGCUACCAUAUUACGGCGAAGGAACUCGCAAACUCAAUGAAGCCAGGUGGUUGGCUACAUAGUGCAGUUAUGGAAGUUGGAAUUCAGGCAAUAACAAAGAACAUGACACCAUCAUCUAACAAGGUCAUCAUGCCACUGAGGAUAGGAAACCUUGACUUUAACCGCCCUGAAAUGAAGGAGCUGUUCAGUUAUGAAAGACGAUUAGAUAAGAAAGACAUGGCAACACUCCUUUGUUAA